UUGCUCGGUGGGCGGAGAGGCGGAGAGGCGGCGGGGCUGGAGCCGGAGUCCGUCCACCGAAGGCAGAGCGAGGAAGGAAGGAAGGAAGGAAGGGAGAGAGGGAGGAAGGAAUGCGCUGAAGAUGGCGGCCGGGCGGCGGGCGCCCAAGAGCGGCUUGCUGGAGCUGCGGGCGCCGGGCGAGCAGUGGUUGCGGGUCCUGCUGGCCCUUUCCGAGGACUUCUUGAGCGUCAGUCCCGGCGGAGGAGGAGGAGGAGCGGGGAAAGGGCCCGAGGAGACGCCGCCGUCCAGCCCCGGGCAACUGAAUGGCGGGGACCCGCCGCCCGCCCUGGUCCCGGACGCCCUCACCAACAUUAAGCGCACCGUCCGGAUCGUCAAGCAGGACGUGGGCGGCCUUGGCAUCAGCAUCAAAGGUGGUCGAGAAAAUAAAAUGCCCAUCCUGAUUUCCAAAAUCUUUAAAGGGCUGGCUGCAGAUCAGACGGAGGCACUCUUUGUAGGGGAUGCCAUUCUUUCGGUCAAUGGUGCUGACCUCUCCGAUGCUACACAUGAUGAGGCUGUCCAAGCCCUGAAGAAGACUGGCAAGGAGGUGGUGUUAGAAGUUAAAUACAUGAAAGAAAUCUCUCCCUACUUUAAAAAUUCCUCAACUGGUGCAACUGUAAGUUGGGACUCUUCACCAGCAGCCUUUCAGAAGCAAGCUUCUCCUUCCCUCUCGCUACGAGACCUGAAAGAAGGGAAGAACAUUCCCUUAAGGAUGUGCUACAUAUCAAGGAAAUGCCUCCCCAGUGAUCCAGAAAACAGAUACCUAGAAGUGUGCUCAGCAGAUGGGCGAAUUCCCUUGUUUCUUCGAGCGAAAGAUGAAGCAUCUGCCCAGGCAUGGUUCAACGCCAUUCACAGCAACAUCAGUGCCCUGUUGCCAAGAGUGAGAGAGGAGCUGAGGGCCUUACAGUCUGGAGCUGGCAUUGCGGGAAGUAGAGACAUCAAGCAUGUUGGCUGGCUCACUGAGCAGCUCCCUGGUGAUGGGACAAAGAACAUCCUUGCCAUUCUCACAGAGAAGGAACUUCUCUUCUACAGCUGCCUUCCACAAAGUAGAGAUGCGCUCGGCAAGCCAACACACAGCUUCCCCCUCAUAGCUACCAGACUGGUGCACUCUGGCCCAUCCAAGGGUUCCCUUCUCUAUGAUUCAGAACUCUCUUUUGCUUUGCGGACUGGAACCAAGAAGGGCGUGGAGACCCAUCUGUUUAGUGUUGAGACACAUCGGGACCUGGCCAUGUGGACAAGGAUGCUAGUGGAUGGUUGCCACAAUGCAGCCGAAUGCGUCCAGGAAGUAUCAACAGCAUGUACAUGGAAUGGGAGGGAUUGCACCCUGUCCAUCCACAUCGAUAAGGGUUUCACGAUCUCUUCUCUGGAGCCAGGCCUCGCCAAAGUCAUCCUGCUACAGCAACCUUUUGAGAGACUCCAGAUGUCCUCAGAUGAUGGAGCCAAGAUGCUUUACCUGGACUUUGGCAGCUCAGAAGGAGAGAUUCAACUCGAUCUUCAUUCCUGCCCUAAAACAAUUGUCUUCAUCAUCCACUCAUUCCUCUCUGCAAAAGUGACCCGCAUGGGGUUGCUGGCAUAGGGCCAUGGAAGAAAAUCUGGAGAGCACUGAGAUUUCAUGUGAUCUAUGCACGACAGCUAUAUCUUCAUGGCAGCAGCAAAACAGAUUAAGAUGUCAUUACAAAACAGAGCAAGAACAACUGGUGUAAUGUACCUAUGGCCAAAAGAAACAGUGAGACUUCCAGGACAGCUGAUGGAAACAAAUGGAUGGGCAACGAUCAAGGCAUGCCAGCUCCGGGACUAGGCAGCCCAUGCAGAAAGAUUUCCAUAUAAAGUUGCCCAAUCAGCACAUGAUAUCACCCAAAACACCACAAGCUUGGAAAACAUAAGACUGCUAAAGAAGUUUUACCAACCAAUUUCUGCCGUCACAUUAGUGCCUUGAAGAUGAUAUUUUAUACAUAUAUAGAUAUAUAUAUAUAGAUAUAUAUAUAAAUCUGUUUGUAUCAAGGUUUUAUAUUUAUAGAACACAGUUUAUCUUAAAGGGGUGGUGAAUUGAUGGCUUUUGCUCUGCAUUUCCAACAUCGCUUUAGAGAUGGGGCACAAUAUAAUGCACACUCUCUGAACACAAUAAGAACCUCCAAGUAAACAUGCAUUGGUUGAUUUGAAAAUGUGCUAAAUUGCACCAGAGCCUUUCACUAUCCAUAAUGACAAAAGUUAUUUCUCUUAAGAGCUUUGCCAUUUUGCUUUCAUGCAGCCGACAAAGGUUGAUAAAUGGCGACAGGGGAAUUACGGAUUCAUCCAAACUUUGGAACUAGUUACAAAAGCCAUAAAUCUGAAAAGACACUUGAUUUGAACAGAUCAGGAAAAAAAUAGUGUUUUUAUUUUGCUUGUUCUUGACCCCUCCAUUUUUAUUUCUCUGAUGUUAUAUUAUAACUGGAGGUGCUCUUGUGCAGGGGAAACAAUUUGUUUUAUGAGCUCAAAAGUUGUGCAUGAAAUUGUUUCCUUUUUUGGUGAAAAUAAAUACGGAUCACUAAAAAUUAUUAAAA